UUCGAUCUCCCAUCCCUAUUGGCAUCGUCGAAGGGAAAACGUAAACAUUUGUUUAACCGGGUUGCAAUCAUAGUUAUGGACAAGCUAAACUCGACUCUGACCGCUGUAAAGAACCUGCGGUCCAAUGUGAGGCAGUGUUUCGAGCACCUGGCCGAUGGAACCGAUGGCGAGGGUGGCGAGGAGAGCCGGAAUAAGUUUGUGCACGACUUCCAGGAGAGAUUCGGAGCCAUCAAUUCGCAGCUGCGUGAGGUGGAGCAGCUGAUAAAUGGAUUGCAGGUUCCCCCCACGCCCUACUCGCUGGGGAACACAGCCUAUCUGGCGCAGGAGACUUCCCAGGACCGGCAGGCGCUGUACCCCCAGCUGGUGAACAGCUACAAGUGGAUCGACAAGGUGCACGACCACAGCUUCCUGGCCUUCAACAAUCUCAACCAGAACACGCUGCGGCGUUCCUACAACUACUGCUCCCAAAAGCGCCAGCGAAUGCCCUUCUCCUCCUUCAAUAAUGAUCCGGACCACAUAGACAAGCUACUGAGUGAGAUCAACACCCCGCCGCACACAUCGUACCGGAUUUUCCGUCCCUUCGGCACAAACGCCGUCGCCAUCGUGACCAUCAGCAACGUGAUGAAGGCGGCCAUUGUGUUCAAAGGAGUGCUCAUAGAGUGGGUGACUGUAAAGGGAUUUGAUGAGCCGCUGGAGCACGACGAUCUGUGGGCGGAGUCGCGGUACGAGGUGUUCCGCAAGGUGCAGGAGCACGCCCACUCCGCCAUGCUGCACUUCUUCUCGCCGACUCUGCCCGAUUUGGCUGUGAAGAGCUAUGUGACAUGGCUCAACAGCCACAUAAAGCUGUUCCUAGAGCCCUGUAAACGUUGCGGAAAGUUUGUGGUUAAUGGAUUGCCUCCAACUUGGCGGGACUUACGCACCCUCGAACCCUUCCACGAGGAGUGCCGCAACUGCUAAAGAUUUUAAAUAUACACCACUGAUAGUCGUAACUUGUAUACUUCAUUUAUUUCAAAAACAAAAAAAUUAUAUGUACUUUGAAUGCAUGCGGGCGGAUUUUAAAAAAUCGCCGCGCUAGACUGAAUAACUACAACGGUUUAAUGCGUUUUUUAAUGGCCAGCCAGGGCAGAAGGCGCCCGCUUCGAUUUCUGCACCUGCGUCUGCACGCCGCGCUGCAGGCACAGGCGCUCGAAGUUGGCGCGCAGCGUAGCGCGGAGCUGCUCCCGCUGACGCUGCACCUGCUCCCGGUGGCACUUAAAGGCCAGCACCACGUCCUGGGGAAUGUAAUAGCUCUCCUCGUCUUUGUCGUCGUAUUCGUCGAAGUCGUCCUGCAAAAGAAAUUUACAUUUUUAGUUUAAAUAGGCAAUAAAUAACUAAAAGUGAAGUAAAAGUAAAAUAAAUAAUUGUAUCUUAUCGAUUGAUA